GUUGCGCCUUGUUGCUUUGUUUUCCCGUAAGGCUGUCCCAGCAUCGAGCCGCUUGAGCGCGCGCAUCUGUGUCUCUGUGUGUGUGUGUGUGUGUGUGUGUGUGCAGACGCUAGGCAUUCGGCGGCGCUGGCCUUGCCAUCACGGCCACUUUUACUGUCGCUAUUACCCCGCCACCAUGAGAACCGUGCUGCAGAGGGUCAAGUCGGCCUCCGUCACGGUCGACGGCCAGCUCAUCUCCUCCAUCGGCAAGGGCCUGCUGGUCCUCGCCGCCGUCUCCAAGGACGACACGGAGAAGGAUGUCGAAGCCAUGGCGGCCAAGGUGCUCAAGGCCAAACUCUGGGACGACGAGUCCAAGGAUCCGCCAGGACGCUGGAAAUGCGCCGUCACGGAUAUACAGGGCGAGGUCCUGUGUGUAUCCCAGUUUACCUUGUUGGCAUCGAUGAAAAAAGGAAACAAACCAGACUUCCACCAGUCGGCAAAUGGCGACCAGGCCCGCACGUUAUAUCAGGCUUUCUUCAACAAAGUCGGAGCCUUGUAUAAAACUGAAAAAGUCAAGGAUGGCUUGUUUGCUGCUAUGAUGGAUGUUGCUCUGGUCAACGACGGGCCGGUCACAAUUCAUAUUGACACGAAUCCGCCCAAGACUCAAAAUACAAGCGACCCUGGCUCUGAGUCGGCUGGCUCGAAUAGUAAAAGACCGCCAACCGUCGAUGUCAAUGACCUUGUUGAUAACCUGACUAAAAUCACGAAAGAGUUUAAAAUACCCGUAGAACGUCUGGACUAGAAGGCGGCAGAUCCAACCAUCGUUCCGAUUACUUGAGCCUCAAAACCCACCGAAUGAAGCUAUCCGGAGUUUGCAUUAAGCAUAUAUGUCAUCUCUUACACGUAUCGCCAUGUCGGAUUUGCAGUAUCCGCCCUAACUAAAAAAAAUCACCGAUGAUCAUUCUUGAAAUCUUUGGCGUUGCGUUCCCAGCAUACAAUCCUAUUGCUAUUAUGAAACCAUCGGCCUAAUCUGAAGGAUCUGUGCAUGACCGACUGCACCCGUCCCGAAGCAAAUCUUACUCGAUCAUGGCCCACUCAAGCAAUCUCAUUUUAUUAUUAUUUUUUAAACUGGCCG